UAGAUAGCUUUCUACUCUCUUAUAUAUAGCAACACUUAUUUUUUGUUGUUGUUUUCUUUCACCAACUUUGUGAAGCAGCUGCACAAAGAAAAAUACAGACAAAAUUGUUGGGAAAAGUAGAGUUUAUUUGUGUUGAAGUUUGGUGGUGGUGAGAAUAUAGAGAACAAAAGAAUAUGCAAGCUUUCAAAGCAGCAGUAUUACCAGCUGUUACUCUUAAUAAUAGUAAUAAUAAUAACAAUUCUAAUAUGUAUUGCCACUCAUCUUUUUACCUCAGAGGUGAUGAAGCAAGUAGACAUGCAGCUGUACGUUUUGCUGAUAUUGGAGAACUUGAACAGUCUACAGGAUUUCCUCAAGAAGAUGCUGUUGAUUUAAGCAGAAGUUCAGUAUAUGGUGAGAUGAGGCCAAACAAUGUUGCUGUUGUUUCUUCAAAUAAUAACUUGCAUUUUGGUGAACUUAAUACGAGUAUAGGGUCAACAGAAAUGGGGUCAUCAGAAACAGGAGGGGUGGAAGCAGGGGGGAGGUUUAUGUUGCACAAGGCACAAACAGCAAUGGUGGGUGGUGGUGGCAGCAGCGGCGGCAGACUUGUAGGUGGUGGUACUGUGGCUUUGGGAAAUGGCCAUUUUGAGAAUUGGGCUGAUUCUGGUAUUGCAGACCAUAGCCACAGCCAGCAGACUGACACUUCCACAGAUGUUGAUACUGAUGAAAGAAACCACCAGGGCCAAGGUGUUCAACAUGGUGCAUUAAUGGCUGUGGACUCCAUUGAUCAGUCCAAAGUAAAGCAUGGAGAUCAGAAGACACUGCGCAGGCUGGCUCAAAAUCGUGAAGCUGCUAGGAAAAGUCGAUUGAGGAAAAAAGCAUAUGUUCAACAGCUGGAGACUAGUAGGCUCAAACUAUCACAGUUAGAGCAGGAGCUAAAACGAGCCCGCCAACAGGGCAUAUUUAUUGCAAAUGGAUAUGCGGGGGAUCAGAGUCUUUCUUGCGGUGGAAAUGGGGCAUUGGCAUUUGACAUGGACUAUGCACGUUGGCUAGAAGACCAUCAACGACUUAUCAGUGAUCUCCGAUCAGCUGUAAAUUCUCACAGGGGAGAUAAUGAGCUGCGCCUUCUUGUUGAUGGAGUAAUGUUACAUUACGACGAGAUAUUCAAGUUAAAGAGUGUAGGAGCAAAAUCAGAUGUUUUUCAUAUGCUGUCGGGCAUGUGGAAGACUCCUGCGGAAAGGUGUUUCAUGUGGUUGGGCGGAUUUCGUUCUUCUGAGCUUCUAAAGAUUCUUGGAAACCACCUUGAACCGUUGACAGAGCAGCAGCUCAUGGGCAUAUGUAAUUUGCAGCAGUCUUCUCAGCAGGCCGAGGAUGCCCUAUCGCAAGGCAUGGAAGCCCUGCAACAAUCUCUUGUCGAUACACUUUCAUCGAUGUCUCUUGGCCCUACUGGCUCCGGAAACGUAGCCGACUAUAUGGGGCAAAUGGCAAUCGCAAUGGGCAAGCUUGCCACCCUUGAGAACUUCCUUUAUCAGGCUGAUCUUCUGAGACAACAAACUUUGCAACAGUUGCAUCGAAUCUUGACUACUCGUCAAGCUGCUCGAGCCCUGCUUGUUAUAAGUGAUUACAUGUCAAGGCUUCGGGCACUCAGCUCGUUGUGGUUAGCACGCCCCAAGGACCAACUCUAGUAACACGAAUAUUCAUCUCUACAAAAGUGAUGCAUUUGUAAGUUCUAAAUUGUGAAAAUAGUGGUUAUGUGGUAGCUCACAACUUUCAAAAGUGAGUGAUUCGGAAUUGGUACAAUGCUAGCAUAUAGUUCUUGGCUACUUUCUCCAGCCACACCGUCUCAAAAAUAUCUUGAGACGAUUAGGUAUGGAUCUGUAAACUAUUUUCUAGGUUCUUUAGAGGUACAACUAACUAUUUUCUUGUACUAGGAAUGUUAGUCACCUAUUCGAAUAUAGUCCUUAGUAAAUCGUAGCGUGUAAAAGUGUCAUCCUUCUUGCUGCUUGUUGCAAUUGAUGUUGCUUUUUGGUUA